AUGAUUGUGACCAAGCCUGAGCCUGAAGGAAACAACAGUGCACCCAUUUCUAAUAAUCCGUUAAAACAUGGUGAUUAUGAAAUUCUAGGAGUACAGAGAUAUGCUUCACCUGAGGAUAUUAAAAAGCCUUGUCAUAAAGCAGCACUUAAAAGGAAUCCUGAUAAAAAUCCACAUAAUAAAGGAGCAGCAGAAAGAAAAUUGAAAGAAGUACCUAAGGCAUAUGAGGUAUUAUCUAAUGAUGAAAAGCGGGACAUUUACAGUAAGUAUAGCAAAGGAUUAAAUGACAAAGGUGGAAGUGACUUUGAUGACAAACGUGAUUAUGGCUCCACAACCUGUAAGCCAGAUGAUGUCUUUAGUGAAAUACAUGGUGAAAAGGACACAUUUUCGUUUCACUCCUCUGAAGACUCUGAACUUUUUAAUAGUCCAAGAAGCUCAUAUGGAAGCAGAAACACAAGUAGAAGUGCAGGAUUCUUUUACUCUACUCCUAAUGAACAUUUCGCUCUUAAGACUUUUUCUUCAUUUGAUACAGGAUACAGGAGCAGGGUCGGCACAGCAGGCCAUGAAAGUCUUCCUGCAUGCUCUUCCUUGGCAUUUGAUGAUACUGGGAUGGGCAGUUGCAUAUACGUUACAACUUCAGGGAAGACUAAUGACAGAAAUAUGAAUUUAAACAAAAAUACUGAGACCAAUCAAGAAAGAGAAACUAAAGAUGAUCCUGAGUGGAAAUUUCUCCUUGUAAAUGACAUGGGAGACAAAGAGGACUUUGCAGAAAAAUACAGCUGGAGAAAACAUUCAAAUGAUUAUUCAUCAAAUUUCCACAGCUCCCAGCUGUCUCAGUAUGCUUUUAUGGACAAUGAUGAGCACCCUACACCUUGGGUCCCUAACAACUGGGAUCCUUCUAUUUUCUCAGUAAUGCUCAAAGAAGUUUAUAAGAGUGGGAGCAAAGAAAAGAAGCACAAUGAGGUACAGAAGUCAGCCAAAAGGCAUUGCUAA